AUGAAGGAACUUGUGGAGCCCCGGAUCCGGUUGUAUGACCACCAUGUCGCGGCCAUUCACCCAGAAGACAACUGCUUGUCCCUAGGAAUCGGUGACAGGAUUCAUUAUGAUCAACUCGUCAUCGCACCAGGCAUCAAGGUCGAUUACGAUAGCAUAAAAGGUCUUACCGAAGCUAUGGACAACCCAGACAGUCUCGUGGCAUCCAUAUACAGCUACGAACACUGCGACAAGGUCUUCCGGAAUAUACAGCGCUUAGAGAGGGGCUCAGCCAUCUUCACUCAGCCUUCCGGUUUAGUGAAAUGUGCGGGUGCGCCACAGAAGAUCAUGUGGCUCGCUUUGGAUCACUGGAGACGAGCGGGUCUGUACAAUAAUGACUCGAAGAAGUCUGCGAUCGAGACCAUCUUCGCUACUGGACUUCCAACUAUGUUCGGCGUACCGAAGUACAGCGCUAAGCUCAAUGAACUGCGGGAAGAAAGAGGCGUCACAGGACUCUUUGAACAUAAUCUUAUUGCCAUCGAUGGAAAUAUAGCGACGUUCGAUCGACCAAAGGGCCAGCAACCGGUAAAGCAGCAUUUCGACUUUCUUCAUGUUGCGCCUAGGAAUGUACCGCACUCGUUCAUCGAAGAAAGUGGACUCGGUAACGAAGCAGGCUUCGUGGACGUUGACCAGUACUCGCUUCAGCACAAGACAUUCAAGAAUAUAUGGUCACUCGGUGAUGCGGCGAGUCUGCCGACGUCGAAGACUGUAGCCGCAAUCACAUCUCAGGCGCCCAUCCUUACGCAGAACCUCUUGCUCGGUCUGGAAGGCAAAGAACCGCAGUCCGAGUAUGACGGCUAUACAUCAUGUCCGCUCUUGACAGGCGACAAGAAGGUGCUUCUUGCGGAGUUCAAGUACGGCGGGGUGCCGAAGGAAACGUUCAAGAGUUGGUUUGGGAUUGACCAAGGGGCUCCUCGACGUGCAUUCUACCACUUGAAGAAAGACUUCUUCCCCUGGGUCUACGAUAGAUACCACGUGAAGGGACAAUGGGGUGGACCGAAAGGCUGGAUCAAUUAG